AUGGCACCCGAGGACAAGAAGAAGGCCAACUUGGCCGACGUCUCCGGCGCCGAGGUCAAGGAGGAGAACGACACCUCGACCGCCAUUCUCAAGAAGAAGAAGAAGCCCAACCAGCUCAUGGUGACCGAUGCCACCAACGAUGAUAACUCGAUCAUUGCUCUGUCCAACAACACCAUGGAGCAGCUGCAGCUGUUCCGUGGUGACACAGUCCUCGUUCGCGGAAAGAAGAGGAAGGACACAGUUCUGAUUGUCUUGGCUGAUGACGACCUUGAUGACGGCAGCGCUCGCAUCAACCGAGUUGUCCGCCACAAUCUGCGAGUCAAGCACGGUGAUGUUAUUACCAUCCACCCGUGCCCCGACAUCAAAUACGCCAAGAGAAUUGCUGUCCUGCCCAUUGCCGACACAGUUGAGGGUAUCACCGGUUCGCUGUUCGAUGUGUUCCUCGCACCCUACUUUAGAGAAGCAUACCGACCUGUCCGACAGGGCGAUCUGUUCAUCGUUCGUGGUGGCAUGAGACAAGUCGAGUUCAAGGUCGUCGAGGUAGAUCCCCCGGAGUACGGUAUCGUUGCACAGGACACAGUCAUUCACUGCGAAGAAGAGCCUAUCCAGCGUGAGGAUGAGGAGAACAACCUCAACGAGGUUGGCUACGACGAUAUUGGUGGUUGCCGCAAGCAGAUGGCUCAGAUCCGCGAGAUGGUUGAGCUUCCUCUGCGCCACCCUCAACUCUUCAAGUCUAUUGGUAUCAAGCCCCCGCGUGGUGUCUUGCUCUAUGGUCCUCCUGGUACCGGUAAGACGCUCAUGGCCCGCGCUGUCGCCAACGAGACUGGCGCUUUCUUCUUCUUGAUCAACGGUCCCGAGAUCAUGUCCAAGAUGGCCGGUGAAUCCGAGUCCAACUUGCGCAAGGCUUUCGAGGAGGCUGAGAAGAACUCCCCCGCCAUCAUCUUCAUUGAUGAGAUUGAUUCGAUCGCCCCCAAGCGUGACAAGACCAACGGUGAAGUCGAGCGCCGUGUCGUCUCGCAGCUGCUUACAUUGAUGGAUGGCAUGAAGGCUCGAUCCAAUGUUGUCGUCAUGGCUGCCACCAACCGUCCCAACUCUAUCGAUCCCGCUCUUCGUCGUUUCGGUCGCUUUGACCGUGAGGUCGACAUUGGUGUUCCUGACCCGACCGGCCGUCUCGAGAUCCUCCAGAUUCACACCAAGAACAUGAAGCUUGGUGAUGAUGUUGACCUGGAGCAGAUUGCUGCCGAGACCCACGGUUACGUCGGUUCCGAUGUUGCUGCUCUUUGCUCCGAGGCUGCCAUGCAACAGAUCAGAGAGAAGAUGGAUCUCAUCGAUCUUGAUGAGGACACCAUUGACGCCGAGGUCCUUGACUCUCUUGGUGUCACCAUGGAGAACUUCCGUUUCGCUCUUGGCACCUCCAACCCCUCGGCUCUGCGCGAGGUUGCCGUUGUCGAGGUUCCCAACGUUCGCUGGGAGGACAUUGGUGGUCUCGACCAGGUCAAACAGGAGCUUCGGGAGCAAGUUCAGUACCCCGUCGACCACCCCGAGAAGUUCCUCAAGUUUGGUCUUUCGCCGUCGCGAGGUGUUCUGUUCUACGGUCCUCCUGGUACCGGUAAGACGAUGUUGGCUAAGGCUGUCGCAAACGAGUGCGCUGCCAACUUCAUCUCCGUCAAGGGUCCUGAGCUGCUCAGCAUGUGGUUCGGUGAGUCGGAAAGCAACAUCCGAGAUAUCUUCGACAAGGCCCGUGCCGCAGCUCCUUGCAUUGUCUUCUUGGACGAGCUGGAUUCCAUCGCCAAGGCUCGUGGCGGUUCCGUUGGUGAUGCUGGUGGUGCAUCUGACCGUGUUGUUAACCAGCUUUUGACCGAAAUGGACGGUAUGACGUCGAAGAAGAACGUGUUCGUCAUUGGAGCAACCAACAGACCUGAGCAGCUCGACCCUGCUCUUUGCAGACCUGGCCGUCUCGAUUCCUUGAUCUACGUUCCUCUUCCCGACGAGGAAGGUCGCCUUGGUAUCCUUAGCGCACAGCUCCGCAAGACUCCUGUUGCUAGCGAUGUCGACCUCAGAUUCAUUGCAUCCAAGACGCACGGUUUCUCUGGUGCCGAUUUGGGCUUCAUCACCCAGCGCGCCGCCAAGAUUGCCAUUAAGGAGUCUAUCGCUCUGGACAUCACGCGUACCAAGGAGCGCGAGGCUGCCGGUGAUGACAUGGACGUCGAUGAGGAUGUCGAGGAUCCCGUCCCUGAGCUGACCAAGCGCCACUUCGAGGAGGCUAUGCAAAUGGCCCGCAAGUCGGUCGGUGAUGUUGAGAUCCGCCGUUACGAGGCUUUCGCUCAGCAAAUGAAGAAUGCCGGCCCCGGCGCCUUCUUCAAGUUCCCUUCGAGCGGUGGCGAGGGCGAUGCUGCCUCGGGCAGCAACAACUUCGGCAACGCCGGAGAGGACGACGGUCUCUACGACUAG